AUGGCGCAACCCGAGGCAACAGCGAAUGCAGAGACAAGCAGCACCACACCUGCACAAACGGCAGCAUCCUCCGCCCGUCCAGAGAGGAGCGAGAACUUUAUUUUGGUCUCCCUCGAGAGGACUCCCCGCUUCUAUGCGCGCAUUGGCAAGAGGAUCUUGAUGGGGAGGGAGGGCAAAGAGGCUUUCGACGAAUUUUCCGUUUCAGGCCUUGGAAUGGCAACCAAGGUAGCUAUUGGCACGGCUGCCUUGUUGCAGGAUGAGGGUUGCGUGACGAUUGAAAAGGUCGAGACGGCGUACUUCGCAUCUGCAAGGAGAAAAUUCGUUCCCAAAAUAACGAUUCUCUGCAAGAAGACCAAGGAUUUCAUGGCGAUCAUGGAGAAGGAGAAGGAAAGGGCUGCUAACUGUGCCCCCGAAGUCGCCCAGCAGACGCCUCAGCCUGAGCCGGUCAAAGCCUGA